AUGGCUAAAACUAUCCAAGAAACUAUGUCAAACUUAGGUCAGGCCUACGAUUUAGUAAUUACUGAUUUAGUUAGAAAAUUAAAAAAGAUGAAAGAAGGAGUAAUUAAACUAGGAGACUUACAUAAAAAGCAACGGAUUAUUAAAAGAAGUGCCUUAACUGGCAAAGCUUAUGCUUAUUAUCAAGUUAGAAUAGCCGUCCUUUGUGUUGGUUUAUACUUUUAUGGUCAGCAGACCAAAGAUAACAAUUAUUUAAAACAUUUACCCACUAUCGGUGGUUUACCAAAUAAUCAGAAUAAUCAACCGAAUGGUUUUCAACAAGCCAAUCAAUCGCAAACUAAUUUUCAAGGACAACCUAAUGCCCAAACUCAGCAACCGCCUUCAAUCAUCAUGAAAUUAAUGACUUCUUGUUUACCAGUCUUACUAGAACAGUUUACUGGUCAAGCGAUGCCUUCGAUGGGUGGCAAUCAGCAGGUUGAAUUAGUUCUAUCCCAAGUGAUUAGUUUACAACAGCAAAUUAUAACUGGUCAACAAAAAAUAGAUCAAAGACUAACCCAGUUAGAGACUAGUGCUUCCCAGCAAUUCACCGGUUUAGCCCAAGAAGUUAAAAGCAUUAAGUCUAUCCGUUUAACUCAUGACCGCGAAAGAAAACAAAUUGAAUUUAAUGGUACGCAGCAAGAAAAUUAA